GACGGCUUGACCCGGAUGGCCGAGGUAGAGAAAGACCUUUGUAGUUUUCUCGUUUUUCCGGCAGCAGCAACAGCAGCCGCUCAACCGCUCCAGCACGGCGCUGGACACCCGACAGCUCGGCGCUUCAGACCACCCACACACCGCGCGCGCGCGCGCGAGGGGGAGGGGGCAGUGUUUGAUUUCUAUCCACCGGCGACAAAUUGCGUUUUGCUCUACUGUUGUUGUUGUUGUUGUUGUUGUUGUUGUUUCAUUUUUAUUUUUUUAUCGUUUUUACUUUUUUACUUUUUUUUUUUUCACUCGCUCAAGGCGCUCAAGAUCAUUCUCGAGGAGCAGCUCAGGGGACGUUUGCCCCUCGCUUGCGCGGCUUGCUGUUGAUCGCUGUCUCCCCUCUUUGCCUCUGUUCCCCGGUUGAUCUUGGGGGAUGGAGCAGGCGGCUUUGCUGCGGGACGAUGGCUCCCCCAAUGUGUCGGACGUUGAGGGUGGUCUGCGCUCGGCUGUAGAUGACGAGACUUGCCCGGCGGUGCUGGACCUGGAGCAGGCCUUUCACCGCAUCGGCUACGGCUGGCAACAAAUCCGUGUUCUUGUGAUCUGUGGCCUCUGCUUCUGCACUGAUAGUAUCGAGGUCGGUCUGCUCUCCUUUUUGCAGGCCGAAGCCAAGGUAGACUUUCACCUCUCCACUACCGAGGAAUCGCUCCUCACCUCCAUCGUCUUUGCCGGCGAGCUGACCGGUGCCUUGAUCUUUGGACCCAUGGCUGAUCGCUAUGGUCGCAAAGCUGCUACGUUUGCCUCGGCUGCCCUUGUCGCCAUUGCUGGCGUAGCCAGUGCAUUUGCGCCCAACUUUGAGGUUUUGGUUGCGCUGCGCGCCUUUGUCGGCCUGGGCAUUGGUGGCAUGGCCGUCCCCUUUGACAUCUUGGCCGAGUUUAUGCCCUCGGAAUAUCGUGGCAAGGCCUUGAUGGGCAUUGAAUUUUUUUGGACCUUUGGCACGUUGUUUGUCAAUGGACUGGCGUGGGCCAUGCUCUCGGCUGAGGGCUGGCGCCUUUUGGUUGGGUUGUGCUCAGUCCCCGUGGUCUUGGCAAUGCUCUCGUUUCCCUUCAUGCCAGAAAGCCCGCACUGGCUUUUGACGGUUGGGCGAUCUGAGGAUGCAGUCGUGGUUCUGCGCCGCGCGGGUGAGCUCAAUGGGCGGCCUGGCGCUAUUGGGCCCAACACGCGAAUCGUUCUUCAUCACGAGACGACCCCCAGCAUCAAGUAUUCCCUGAGCUCGUCCCCGCCGUCUGCGAAGAAGUACAGCAGGACCGAUGGUGAUGGCACGAGCGACAGCGACAGCGAUGAAGAGCGCGAGCGCCGGGCGCAAGUCACCAUCCAAGAUGACGCGCAGAGCGUGGGAAGCCUCAAGGAAGAGGCAGCACACAACUCGAUGAGUGUGCGGGCCCUGUUCCAGGCCAAGUACCUGCGCACAACGCUGCUGCUGUUCACCACGUGGUUCUCGACGGGAUUGACCUAUUACGGGACGGUGCUGAUUGCGCCCGAGUUUUUCUCGCAGUCGGAUGAUCCGACGGACUUUAACUAUCCGUCGCUCUUCAUCACCUCCCUCGCCGAGCUCUUUUCGUGUACACUGGCCUUUUUCCUGAUUGAUCGAGUCGGGCGCAAGGCGCUCUCAGGCUGGGCAUACCUCACCUGCGGUGUGUUCACGGCCAUCCUCAUGGGGGCCAAGCACAUGCCCAAGGGUCUGGGCAUUGUGUUGCUCAUGGUGGCGCGCGGGUCCAUUUUCAUUGGCACGAGCACCACCUGGGUGGUGACGCCCGAGCUGUACCCGACAACCGUCCGUGCGGCUGGGCACAGCUGGUGCAAUGCCCUGGCGCGCGUCGGAGCCUUUGCUACCCCGUAUUGGGGCAACACGGAGGCCGUGCCUUUUGAAUUGCGCCUGCUUUUCUAUGCCGUCUUUGACGUGGUGGCCGCCGUGGCCUCCUUCUCUUUUCCGAAGGAGACGGCCGGCAAAGCGCUCAUGGACGAUUAG